CUUUUUUUUUUUUUUUUUUUUUUUUUUUUGCGCAUGAAGAAUGAUGCUGCUGCCUUCUAGGUUGUGAUCCUGCUUUUUUUUCCCCUCCCUCCUCCUCUUUUAUCCCUGGGCUCUAAGCUGGAGAGUUGACUCUUUUUCCCUCCACCUCCCCCCCCACCUCUCUCUCUCUCUCUCUCUCUCUCUCUCUCUCUCUCUCUCUCUCUCUCUUCCCCCCCCCUCCUUCUUCCACCCACCCCAUGUGUUGUGUGAACCGACAGCGCUAAGACUAGAGCCCCACUCGCAAAGAAGGAGAAGCAGCAUAAGGCAGCGAAGCGGCAGCAGCGGCAGCAACAACAGCGGCGGCAGAAGGAGAGAGAAAGAGAGAGAGAGAGAAAGCAAAGCAGCAGCGGCAAAAUAAAGGGAAGAAAAGAGGAGGAGGAGGAGAAAAAAAAGAGAGAGAGAAGGGAAGAGCAAAAAAAAAAUUAAAAAAAGGAAAAAAGAAAAAAGAAAAGAAGCAGCGGAAAGAGGAGGGGAAAAAAAUAAUAAAGCCAGAAAGCAGCAGCGAAGCUUUGCUCUCAGUUGAUGUUUCUCCAAGCGGGACUUCCAGCAGCUCCAGCGCCAGCGACCGCUUUCUGCGCCGAGAAAAGUCUUUUUAGUUGUGCCUUUUUUUCUGCCGCGUGUGUCAUCUUUCACCUUUUGUUCAUUCUUAUUUUGAUGGCUUUCCUGAAUGGCUGACUGUGAAUUUCCCUGGAUCUGGCCCCCAGACACUCGCCUCUCCUCCUCCUCCAACUCCUCUGCUGCAGAUCAGCUUUGAGAGAGAGAGAGAGAUCUUGCAAGAGAUUUUUUUUUCCUCCCUCUCUCUCUCUCUCUCUCUCUCCCUCUCUCUCUUUCCCUCUCCCCACCCCCACCACCCCCUUACUUUUCUGUCCUUAAGCCAGACAAUCGCCUCGAAAUCUGGGGGGCCCCCCUCGCCUUCUCCAGCACCCCUGGUUCUCCAAACCUUGCUGGCAUAUAUAUAUAUAUACAUAUAUAUAUUCUUUUUUUUUUUUUGCACCCCCCCUCCAUUCCCCCACCCUUUUUCUUCUUCUAUAUAUAUUUUUUAUUUUAUUUUUUGAGAGAGAGAGGGAGGGGGAAAAAAAGCAACAACGAGAGAGAGAAACAAACUGCUUGCAAAGCUGAGCUGAAAGCCAAGCAAACAAACUUUAACAAAUAAAGGGGGAACAGGAAGUUUGGAAGCGGUGUCCAAUAGAUAUGGCAAUGGUAGUUGGUACGUGGCGAGACCCCCAGGACGAUGUACCCGGAGCUCAGGGAACACAGCCUUCUCAAGCCCCGCCAGUGCAAGGACCUCCAGCCGGGGCCCCUCACACACCACAGACCCCGGUUCAAGGAGGGCCUCCUCCCAGCACUCCAGUCCAGACCAACCAGCCAAGCCAGCAGAGCACAGGAGAAAAGCAGCAGCAGCAGCAGCACAUUGAAUGUGUGGUUUGUGGGGACAAGUCUAGUGGCAAACAUUAUGGCCAAUUUACCUGCGAAGGGUGCAAGAGUUUCUUCAAGAGGAGUGUAAGGAGGAACCUGAGCUAUACUUGCCGUGCCAACAGGAACUGUCCGAUUGACCAGCACCACCGCAAUCAGUGUCAGUACUGCCGCCUCAAAAAAUGCCUCAAAGUUGGCAUGAGACGGGAAGUUUCUUCUUUAUUUACUGCAGCCGUCCAGAGGGGCAGAAUGCCACCCACACAGCCAACUCAUGGGCAGUUCGCCUUGACAAAUGGGGACCCUCUCAACUGCCAUUCCUACCUAUCCGGAUAUAUCUCCCUUCUUCUGAGAGCAGAGCCCUACCCGACCUCCCGCUUUGGCAGUCAAUGCAUGCAACCCAACAACAUCAUGGGCAUCGAGAACAUUUGUGAACUGGCAGCUAGGAUGCUCUUCAGCGCGGUGGAGUGGGCCAGGAAUAUCCCCUUCUUCCCAGACCUCCAGAUCACAGACCAGGUGGCCCUGCUCAGGCUGACCUGGAGUGAGUUGUUUGUGCUCAACGCUGCCCAGUGCUCCAUGCCCCUCCACGUAGCUCCUCUCCUGGCCGCCGCUGGGCUCCACGCUUCGCCAAUGUCUGCUGACCGAGUGGUCGCCUUUAUGGACCACAUACGAAUCUUCCAAGAGCAAGUAGAAAAACUGAAAGCAUUGCAUGUCGACUCUGCAGAAUAUAGCUGUUUAAAGGCCAUAGUCCUCUUCACCUCAGAUGCCUGUGGUCUCUCUGAUGUAGCCCAUGUUGAAAGUUUACAGGAGAAGUCACAGUGUGCUUUGGAAGAAUAUGUUAGGAGUCAGUAUCCGAACCAGCCAACACGAUUCGGAAAGCUUUUACUACGCCUCCCCUCCCUCCGCACUGUCUCCUCUUCUGUCAUAGAGCAGUUGUUUUUCGUCCGUUUGGUAGGUAAAACCCCCAUAGAAACCCUAAUCAGGGAUAUGUUACUGUCUGGCAGCAGUUUUAACUGGCCUUAUAUGUCCAUUCAAUAAAAUAAUGGAGAAAAAAAAUUAAACUAAAAUGAAAAUACUUUUUUUUUGUUUGAGAAGGCAGAUGAAAGAGAGAGAGAAUGACAUUUGGGGUCUGGUGGUUUCUUAAAUUUCCUUCUGCUAAGAAAGGAUAUAAAAGGAUGUUACAAGUUUUGCUAAAAGAAGACAGGAAAAAAAAUAAUGGACUGUGAAUUUAAAAAAAAAAAAAGACUGUCAUAUGAACUUUUACAGAAUGCAUUAAAAACAACUCCCGUGUCGUUCAGAAAAAAAUAACUUGCUACUUAUCAUUUUUUUUGUAAAAAACAAAAAAUUUCAAAAAAAGAAAGAAAAAAAGAAAAAAGAAAAAGAAGAAGAAAAGAAAUGAAGGGUGGGUGGCUUUUUUUCUUUUUUUUUCUUUUUUCUUUUUCUUUUUUUGGGGGGGAACUUUUUAAAAAAUAUCUCGCUAAAAGUGCAUUUAAAGGAAAUUUGGAGAAAAAAUUAGCAGAAUGGAAGAAAGUAAGUCUUUUUUUUCCAAAUUAUUAAUUGUCCUAUGUGUCUAUGUACCUAUAGCUGUUCUUUUUUGUAUUUUUCUGGUUUCAAACCAGUUUAUUCUGUGGUUCUAUAAUAAUUUUUGAUAUAAUCUUGGCUUCUUUAAAAAAUGUGUAUCCAUAAAAUAUAUGUUCUGAAAGAAUUAAAACUGAGUCCAUGAAAGUAUCAUAGGAAGAAAGGAAAAGAGAAAACAAAAAACUCAACAACACAAUGAUGAAAGCGCACUUAUGGUGGUGACCCGAAAUAUUAGCUGGAAGCUGAGAGAGCUAUAAUUAUAUAGACCCGAAUGAACCACACGUGUCACAUAAGUACCCCGAAAACUAGGUUUUUGAUAUUUCAGACAGAAAAUGAACUGUGGGGAUUUACUGUAGGUAGAACGGAUUGUGUCCAAGACACACUACGGUUUUGAUUUAAAAAAAAAAAAUAAAACAACCACACAAACAAAGUGAACUUUUGUAAUUGGAAUUGGGUUCCACAUAGUUCUUCAUGAAUUGUUAUGAAACUCCUCUAUCUGUUUGUAUAUUUGCAAGCCCUUUGUAUUAUAAUAAUUGUUGAUAUUUUCCCUUUUUAAAAAAUACCAUUGAAAUCAGCAUGACAAAAUAACACUGUUGGCACUUAUAGAUAACGUGAUUGAUUCAGUAUCUUAGAGUUUACAGUUUUGUGUUUAAAAAAAACUGAAGGUUUUUUUUUAAGUGCAACAUUUCUGUAUACUGUAAAAGUUAUAAUAACUGAACUGUUUGGUCGAGUCUUUGUGUGUUAUAUUCCAAGGAAAAUUGAAAGUAUUCAGAAAUUAAAAUAUUAUUUGAUAUCUGAAA